UAUUUGUUGUUGUUUUCGUCCAGCUGCAGUAUAAGUAGACUAAGCGACAUCUUUGAACUCGAUCGAUUUCUGUGACAUUAUGACUGAAUUGUGAGUUAAAAUUUUUCUGUCCAGUAUUCUUUUGAUAAACGUGAAGACAAAAGGGACAAGUGGAGUAUAUCUGGAUUUGUCCAGUUUCGAGUGAAAGUUGUUUUGCCUCUUUCAAAGAUGGGCAGUCCGUACCAGCGCUCAGUACCACUAGAGGUCAGGAGAGCAGAGGGAGAGAGAGUUCGGGCCAAGCACCCUGACAAGAUUCCGAUUAUUGUGGAGAGGGCCCAAAGGUCAAGAGCUCCUGAACUGGACAAGAAGAAAUACCUAGUGCCCUCAGAUUUAACAGUGGGCCAGUUGUGUUUUCUGAUCCGCCAGCGUGUGUCUUUGAGACCGGAGGAGGCACUCUUCUUUUUUGUCAACAACUCCCUUCCUCCAUCCAGCUCCCCUCUCUCUGCUGUAUAUGAGGAGCACCAUGAAGAAGACCUGUUUCUCUACAUGACAUACAGUAAUGAGAGUGUGUAUGGUGCCUGAGGGAGGACAAAAGACUGGAGGAAGAGACAGAGGAUGACAGAAGACAAAUAAUUUGGUGAA